AUGUCAAAGAACGGUGUGUGGCAAUUACAGAGAGUAGCGAUCAACUACUGUCAACACUCUGGCAGCAGCAAACAUAUUAGAAAUAUACUACCUACUCAGAUUGUUGAGUUCAAGGAGGCCAACCCUCAAAUAGAGUUCGAGGAGGUCGUCAAGAGCGGUUCACAUCCAUCAUUUCUAGCUACAUAUGCAUCAGGUAAACAAAAGUUUGUUCCUCUGCGUGGAAGGGAAGAGGAUAAGAUUAUCAAGCAUCUGCAGAAUCUGAAAGACACAACAGGUAACAAGCCAAGGAAGUUUGGCGAUCGCUAUAUCACCAAGACUGAAUCAAUUCAAGGUCUAUGGCAUCCUUUCUUGGAUCUCAAGAAUGUCAACGAGCAACAACAGCAACAACAGCAGUAA